UCUCUGUUUUUGCAGGCGACCCCUCCUGUUCCUCUGCCACGGACGCAGCGUUGCCCUAAGACAAAGUCUCUUGAUGAGGAGUUGUUACGUACUAACUGCUCACCUGAGUGUCCUGCAGAACCUACAGAGAUGAGUCCCCGUCAGACCAAACCACCCCCAGUGUUGUCCAAGAAGAUUAUAAAACAGAAUUCGGAAAAUAUUCAAACUUUGCCAAGUUUUGAAGAAGUAUUGAAGGAUGUGGACCAUCGCAUCUCUAGGGUGGUCUCUCAAGAAUCUCCUGCUGUCCCACGUACAGCAGCAACAAAUGAUCCUGAUGACAAAAAGAACAACUCGAAAAAAGAAUCUCUUUCCAGCAGGAACAUAUCUUGGCAAGAGUUCUGCAAUGAUCUUAAAAGAAAAGGAGCAACUGAGAAAGAAAUCAUUGUUGCCCUUGCUGAAUAUCUGUAUGAAGAAAUCCAAAAGUAUAAUGACAUGAUGUCUGAGCAUGGUAAUAGCCUCAAGGAAGCCAUUGAUGAGCUGCACUCCAUUGCCGCAAACAUAAACAAGGUUUCUAAAGGGACAAAGAUUGCUGGCAUCACAGGAGGAGCUACAACAGCAUUAGGAGGCGUGGCUGCAGCUGCUGGGGUGAUUCUGUCUCCCUUCACACUGGGAUCCUCGCUGGCUCUCACUGCAAUCGGAGUGGGUGUGGCUGCAGCGGGCGGUGUCACUGGUGCAUCAGCAGCCAUAGCAAACAAGGCAAAUCUUUCCAGUGACAAAAAGAAGAUCCAGGUGACCUUGCAAGACUUUGAAGAACGUUAUGAAAAAAUUCUCCCCUGCCUGAAGUUCAUCAAUGAGGGAAUGGAUCAACUGAAGCUGUAUGGUCAGUCUACUCUGAGUGAAGUCAAGACUGACUCAGAGAAUGCAUCCAAGGUGCUAAGGAUGUUUACAAGUUAUACAAGUGUCAUGGCUGCAGGGAGAUGCACCAAGGUUUCCGGGACCAUACGAGGCUUUGCGCUCGGGAUGGAGUUCUACUUCAAUCAGGAGAAAGAUGGGCAAAAAUUGAAAAAAGACCUCAGGUCAAAGUUUGCAAAAAAAAUUGACAAGCUUGCAGAUGAUCUUGGAGAAGGUUUUAAUGAACUCACUGAGAUUCAAAACUUGUUUGCCUAGCAUUCCAGCAGAUGUGGAUCUUAUUAUAUUCAUAGUCUCUUCGUUUUUUUAUAACAGAUUUUUGAUUUACAAUUUGUACAUUUUAUGUGGGUAUCUGUUGAGUUUAAAUUUUACCCAAACAUUUAUAAAUAUCAAGAUAAAAGUAAAAAUAAUGACAUCGGAUAAGGUAUUGUAAAUUGUCUGUUUUUCAUGGACAUUAUAAAAAUAAAAUUAUUUUUUUUCAAACUUCAA